AGUAGGAAUAAACCGAUGGGCAACCGUCUUUUUGAAACUAAGAGAUUUAGUGGGAUUUUUCAGAAUUUCUGUUUGUUUGCUGAACAAUUUCAGGUUCUGGAUCAGUGGCUCCUGACAGAUCUGAGGGACCUGGAUUACCCGGUUCUCCCUGAGGGACUAACCCAGGCCCAGAAGACAGAACUCAAUGGUGCCUUUUGUGUCCAGGUUGACUCACUGCUGGACAUCAGUCAGCCGGCAUACGGUCAGCUGCAGAAAUGGAGGGGUACAGACUGCACCAAUGAUGAGGUCUCUGCUGUCACACAGACCACUCAGAGGCCCUGGGAGGCCAAAUCGACCCGUAUGCUGCUACUCCAGAUUACAGAUGGAGUUCAGAGCUUGGAGGCCAUGGAGUAUCAACCCAUCCCUGCACUCAGUGCAGCACUCCGACCCGGUGCAAAACUGCAGUUGCAAGGCAAGAUGGUUUGCAGACUUGGUGUUGUGCUGUUGGGGCCAUCCAAUGUGAAGGUCUUAGGUGGGGAGGUGGAGGACUUGGUGGAAAGAAAUACUCAGGGUCGGGUGUUGUGCCGGACGCUGGGACUUCCUGAGGAGGAGGAGCAGCAGGGGGAUGAAGGAACAGAGGCUCCAACACAACCGCAACAAGGCAACCAAGAAGUUGUAGAUCUGGAGAUGGAUGACGAUGAGCUGUUGGCCAGUCUGGAGGAACACAGUGAAGUUGAAGGGCUCAGCGUUCAACCAUCUAGAGACAGUGGUUAUGGGACCAUACGGGAGACCUCAACACUGUCUUCCUUCCUUGGGAACAUUGUCUCCUCUGGGAGUCAACCCUCAACCUACUUUCAAAGAAGUAAUUUGACUGGAACUAACUCGACAAGGUCUGCUGGAAGAACCAAUGGUGAAGAGCAACGGUUCCAAAAUGACAACAUGGCAGACAAUGAAUUUCCAGAUGAAGACUUUGAUGAUUUCCCUCUGGAUGAGUUGGAUAGUGUCAUAUUACAGGAGAGUGAAAAUGUUGACAGCAGUGACCACACACUUCAGGAUAACCAAAGAGCAGAAAAUUCAAGCAAUGUGGUAGGAGCAGCAAAACCACAAGCUGCUCAGUUUGAGGCGCUGACGUCACAUGAGACAUAUGGGGGAUCUGUUCCCUCCAGAUCCACCACACUGAAAAGAGAUCAUAAAGGAUGUAUCAAGGGGGCUUCCAAGCCAUUCCUUUCUUCAACAGAUUUAGAGCCGCCAAAAGAGAUAGAGAUAGAUAUGAAUGAUGAGAGCAGAUUUAUGGACGAAGAUAUGGAUUAUCUGUUGCAAGAGGUCGAGAGCAAUCCAGUGCUAAGGGAGAGAUCGGAAGGACUGACUAAGAUCUCUGCUGAAGAACGGUCUGGAAGAGGUGAACCAAGCAUCAGCGGCUGUAGCCUUUCUAUGAUCUCCCCCAAAACGAUCACGGAAACAUCUCAAGGGAAAGCCCACAGUCUGAUCUCUACAGAAAGCAACGCCAACUCCCAAGCUGUCACUUUGACCUCUGCACCUUUUACCUACAUAUGCUUGCUGGAAAAGCUUUUGUCUAAACAACUUUCCCACCCCAUCGAAAUCCACAUCAAAGCCUUCAUUGUGACUUUGAUGGGCAAACUUAGCAGCAGUAACGGUGUCUGGAGUGUUUCUGCAUCUGUAUCCGACGGAACUGGUUACCUGGAUGUGGUGCUAUCCAAUGAGGUUUUGACAGGCUUACUGGGCUUCUCCGUAGCAGAGAAGACAACUCUAAGGCGUGAUCCGGCCCGUCGAGGGGAGCUUGACCAUGGCAUGAGGAGAUGCCAGGAGGAGCUGGUGGACAUGUGCUGCAUUAUGACCAUCAUCGUCAAACCAGGCAAUGAGAGAGCCCUGGUGGCCAAGGCCGAACCGGUCAGUGACAAAAUGUUGCGCGAGCUGGAGCUGAGGGCAACAGAAAUUAAAUGCAGCUGAGUGGAAGUGGGCGAAAAUGAGAAAAUUACCUACAACGGAAACAUUAAAUUGCCCUUCAGCAGAGACGAAAAAUUGCCAAUAAAGCUAUGAUCGAAAUGGAUGAUCAACCUGCCCCUCUGCUACAUUUUUAGACGGCAGAAGGUGUGAACUAGAAGUCUGAUGAUCUUGUGUUGCAAUGCAUCCCAUCUGCUAUAUGCAAUAUAGCAUUCUGUCAUUUGUAGAGGACUUAAUUAGUCUAUUCCUUGUGCUUUCAUAGACAUUUAAUCUAUUGCACUGCAUCUAAAUAUUCAUAUGUAUUGAUUAGCAUAAUGUUAGUUUAGACAACCCAGAGUUAAACCUCACACAUUCUGUAUAACAUCAGAAAACUACAUGAGGAGGAAAGUGGAGAUGAGAGUAGGGAUUCAGAGGUGUUCUUUUACUGAUUGCAGUAAUGAAUUGCCAGUCUAUGCAUUCAUCCAGCACGGCCAUUACUUUGCACUGAAUAGUGAUUGAAUAGGCAAGGGCAGCAUGGGUCUUUAAUAAACUUCCUCAGGAGAAUGAGAGAAAAGGGGGGUAUAAAGGAGAGGCGAUGAGCUUUGAUUAUUUCUCUUCCCCUCAAGCCACGUCCAUGGUUUUGGUUAUAAAUGUCAUGAUUUGUUUGUUGUUGUUUUUUUAACCUAAAUACUGGAAAUAAAAAUAUAUUAAAAGGUUCUA